AUGUCUUCUUAUGGAUCACCCAAGGACAACUCCUCCGUGAACGUCGACAACCCGUACAUGAACGAGUUGAAGAUGCCUCCUAAGGAGUUUUCGCUCAAGGAUGGGAAGGUGCAAGUAGAAGAUGUUCGGGGCCCUAAAGGAGAAGGCAGUCUGGAGGCUAGAAUGCAAAAGCUGGAGCAAGAAGCCUUUAUGUACAAGAAGAUGGCAGAACGUGAAGUGGAUAUCAUUCACAAGAUAAAUGUAGAACUCAUUCACGAGCACAGGAAGGAAGUUGCAAAUCUUUGGGAUGAUAUUUUCUCGCUCCACGAGACCACCAACAAGUUGCAAGCACAACUCUACGACGUGAAAAAUCAAAACUUAUCCACUGCCAAGCCAUCAGCGGAGGCCGAGGACGCGGUUGCCUGA